AUGUCGUCGCAGACCCUAGCGACGGCGCCCCCGGGGGGAGGAGGUCUGCCCAAGACGCCUUCUCCCCCGGCGCCCGAAGCCCGCUCGUCCUGGCCGACCGAUCACAUGGGAUCCGCCGAACCACAGAACAGCAAUGUCGAACCUACGAACUUUCAGCUCGACCAGCCCUACCAUGAACGAACGACUUCUUCCUCGAGUGCAAACAACACCGAACAACACAGGCAGGCGCUCAAUAACCUGUUGGCUGCCCUAAACCCAUCGAGUGCGCCCAAAGCCGCUCCAGCCCAAACGCCGCAAGUCCCAGAUACGUCCCCGCUAGCAGAGAGCAUGCCACAGUCAAACGCCACCGUCUCGCAAGAUGCCGCACACAAACAACAAACUGAUGCGCUUCCCCCCGACAAUCCAUCAACCCCCCCUCAAAAUCCAGCGUCCAGCAUGGCACUCGUUCGCGCGCAAUCUCCCUCCACUGAUCUCCCUGCCUUACCUCAUGCGCAUGCCAUCUCUCCACCAACUGGGGCCCCUCAACUACGCAUUCCGUCCCCGUUACAGAUCCCACUCCUCAAUAUGAAGCAGCUGGUGACCCUGCGCGACUACCGGCGUGAGAUCGAAGCUUUUGCCAAGCUUGACUUUGCCGACGGUGAGUUCUACAUGACGACCUGGCAAGUUGAGCUCGGUCGCGACCUGCUCGCCUACAGAGACGCCGUUCAGCGAGAAAAGCGGGAAAAGGAAGGAAUACAGGGUCACAGCCGGAGCUCCAGCGGCAGAGUGUCGAGACCGUCGGACCGCAUCAGGCGUGAACCUGAGAGCCAGGUGCAGGGCAGUGUCGUCAGUGAGAUUGAUGGCUUCGGAGGUAUCGACGAGGCGCCGGUGAAGUCUCUGGAGGACAACGUCAACGAAAACGGCCAUCCUUCGCACUCUUCGCAGGUCUCGGCCAGUGAUAUUGUAAAGCCUGGAGACAUCUUCCCUCGUGCCGCAGGGAUGGUCACCGACUUUGAUUACAAUCUGAGAGGACAGCAAGUGGAGGCAUUUGAAGCCGGCAACCCGGACGCCGACAAUGAGCUGCCUGCUCCCGUUACAGCCGAUCACUUGCCGAACGCAAACAUCUGUCCCCUGGUCCCCAUCCACGCCAACGUCGACAGCGUCAAAAGCGAGGUGGAAUUGCACAAGGGUAUCUCUAGGCGCCACGUCAGGAUCGAAUGGAAUAUGGAGAAUGAAUGCUUCAUGAUGAGAGUGCUCGGCAGAAAUGGUGCCUUCUUGGACGAUAAGUGGUUGCGCAAAGGUCAAGUCAAGAAGCUUCAGAACGGUUCGAAAAUCCAGCUCUCCGGUAUCACUGCCACAUUCCGACUCCCCAGACCGAAGACACCAGCGCCACCAAGUGAGCCAUCUAUCAAGUCCGAUGACGAGCAGACGCCACCGCCUCCCGAGGUCACGCCCAUUCCACAGGAGGAUGAGGAGCAGACACCGGCUCCCAAGAUCAGUCUCAAAGUCAAUGGUCCGAAAUCAAAGUCCGCUUCCGCGGCUCCUCCACCCGCUCUUCCCGAACCUUUGAUUGGCCCCGAUGGGCAACCUAUUGUUCGAAAACGAGGCCCGGGUCGACCACCAAAAGAUGGCAUUAUGAGCACACGCGAGCGGAAAGAGAGGGAGAAGGCUGCCAAAUUGGCGGAAGCCAAAGCUGCCAACGGUGGUAGGACGCCGCCGCCGAUGGCGAGAGGAAAGAUUAUCAAACCACCGACGAAGGAAGAGUUGGCUAGAGUCGAAGCCAAAUUUGCAGACAAGAGGAAAUACACGAAACGCAAGCGCGAAGAAGAUGGUGAGAUUCUGCCCUCCAUCGAAGGCGCCGAGGAGAAUCUACCGAGCGAUUCCGAGAAGCCACCGGUCAAGAAGCCGAAGCAGUCCAAAUCGCCAUCUCCAGAGUAUCCACCACUUGCAACUCUCACUGAAGAGAACCUUGCAAGACCCUCAGAUCCAUACGCUCGCCUGAUCUACGACAUUCUGAUAGAGAUAUACCCGAAAGCUCUGCCUCUGAAGCAGAUAUAUCGGGCUCUGAAGCUGAAAUAUCCCUUCUUCGUAUAUCGAGUCGAGUCCGACGGUUGGCAAAGCAGUGUCCGUCACAAUCUCAACCAGGAAUGGAACAAGCUAUUCGAGAAGGGGGAGAAAGAAGGAAAAGGCUUUGCUUGGAAGGCCAUUCCGGGUGCGCUGCAACCACAAGCUGAGCGUAAAAGGGCUGCACAGGCGGCCGCUGCGGCGAAGCCUAAACCUCCGGCUCCAAGGCAGCCAUCGCAGCAAGGACCUCCUGCAAAUUGGCAGAACCAGGGCUCAUAUCCUUACUGGCAAGGACAGAAUGGCUACCCUCCUCCUCCACCGAAUGGGAUGCCGUGGCCGCCACCGUCAGGGUCUGGUCAACCUGCUCAACCUCCUCAACAUGCUCCCGGGCAGGCUGGACGCCAAUUUGCGCCUCCGGUGGGGCAGACACCACCAGUUACGGUGAAUGGGCGUCCUCAUGGCGCGCAAGGCUCGCCUUUCCCACAAUCAGUGCAGGCCGGCCAAUCCAGUACCAUGCCCCAAUCAACUGUUCAGCCACCGAAGCCACCUCUGGGUCCUCCACCCAGCAGUGCUGGAUCUGCUCCGCACAACAUGCCCUGUACUUUGGAUGGCUACUUGGCAAUUCGGCGCUUCGAGCAAGCGAUGUAUGACAUGGUAGCUAAAGGCUCAAAUCCGAAUCUGGAGCAAUGGAAAUUGGUCUUCAGCUCCGCCUAUAGCCGAAUACUGCAUGGCGCACCGGGAUCUACGGUACCUGGUGGCGAGACGAAAGAGGAGGCUGUGGUACUCGGUCACAUGAAAAACUUUAUCGAGAAGUACAAGAACCCGCAGUUCAAGGGGUUCAAGGCACAAAGCAGAGAUGGCACUCCAGCUGCUGUUCCGACUCCAACAAACGCACCGGCUGUGCAACCACUGAAGGGUCCACCAAACGUGCCCCAGAAUGUACCAGGUCCCGGCCCGCACAGUGCGCCUGCACCUCUACCGUCUGUCGGUACCUCUUCCUUUCCACCACAGCCGUCCGCGGCAGCACCUGUCAGUUUCCAAGCACCGAAUAGCACACCAGCGCCGGCCCAUUCUUUCCAAAGCCCACAAGCCGCCUCGGCUGGGUCGCCAGUUCCCACACAACCAACCACAUCGGAUCAGCCCCUACAAGCAACUCCGCAGACCAAAAGCUCCAUUCCGACUGCUGAGAGUGUUGCGCCUGCUGAUGCUGGUUCACCCUCAAAGUCCAGGACAUCGAUCCCUCCUGAACAGCUUCCUGCUAAGUGCAACAGCCAGCAGCGAGAUGCUCAGGGUGAUACUGCGAUGAGCGAGGCUCCUGCUGGCACCAACGGGUCUGCUCCAUCUAACGCGUGA